CUGCGGAAAUGAUGAUGACCAGCAAAGGGGGUAUAACGAGGAAGUCUCUAAGCAGUAAAAAUUACAAUAAGUACUUGAGAAACGAAAUGGGAGAGAAAAACACCGAGUACCUACAGAGCGCCUUGG